AAUUCUGCGACUAGGGCUGUGUGUGUGGAUGUGCAUUAAUCAGCAGCAUGCCUCCGAACGAAAAAGAAACGGGGAAUAAUAAAAGGCUUUCCCAAAAGAGUUUUAAGAAUAACAGGCAAGAGUUUGUCCCGAAGUUCUCCAAAAUGAAAAGGAAAUGGGUUCCACUUGAAAACAAAUUUGUAGGCAGCGUUAAAGAAGGCAAGGGAUUUGCUUUUAAAAGAAAAGAGAAAAUUCAAUAUGAAUACAAAAAACUGCUCCAAAAGGAGAAAAGGAACAAAUCACAAAAAGAACCACAGUACAUGGAUAUUUAUCCAGAGCAUCUGAAGCAUUUGUAUUUGGCAGAAGAGGAAAAAAUUAAAGAUGAAGAGCAAAAAAGAAACCAGAAAAGGAAUAAACCUGUGGAGAUCACAUCAAAUGACCAGACAACACCAAAUGUCUCAGAAACACCUUCUACAUUUACGGAUCUUAUUAAAAGCCCAUACAAAAGACAAAAGAAAUUUCAAAACCAGUCAUCCUAUCAAAAAACUCAAGAGGAGUAUAAAAGGAUUCAGGAAGAACGCAAUAAAAAAAGACAGGAGGCAGACAUGAAAAGGCAACAAAAGGAGGAGGCUCAACAAAAGUAUAAGCAGAAAAGAUUGGAAGCAUAUCAAAUUUUAAGCAAGAAAACUAAAAAAGGACAACCAAAUUUAAAUUUACGAAUGGAGUAUCUCCUUCAGAAGAUUCAAGAAAGUCAUUCUAAAUAACCAAAACAGAACUGACAGCCAGCAGAUGUAAUACAGUCCAAAUCUCAUAUGAUGCAAGAUUUUUUUUUUUUUGUAAGCAAAUAUUUUAUUUCUUAACACUUACUCAUCGUAUCUGUCCAGGUAUUCAGUGAACAAUUGCAAUGUAAAUUUUGGAAUUAACUACAUGACAUGUAAAUAGCCCUGGGUCACACACUGUGAUGUCAGGUUUUAUUUAAUGCAAUGUGUUUGAAAUAAAUUACAGCAAAUAUUUACCCAGG